AUGGUAAAUUUCCUGAUUAUUAUUAUUAUUCAAAAUGUCCAGAUAUAACAUUUUGAUAAAAUCUUUCAUCUAAAUUUUGAAAGUAAUGUAAUUUAAAUUAAUUAAUUUGUACUUUUUAGGUUAUAUACAACUUAAAUAUGAGAAUCGAAGAUAAAGAUGUUUUAAUUAUGACAAUGAAGAGUAGCCAUGAAGAAGAAAUUGAAAAACUCUUAAGGGAUUCAAAAGAGAAAGUAACAGAAUAUAAAGAAAAGAUGUGCCAAGAAACCGAAAUGAAAGAAAAAAUCAAAACUUUGGAAGAUCAAUUACACGAAGCGAGAUCGCUUUUACAUAAAUUGUCCUGUGCCGAAUCUGUAGACAUUGCUAAAUUAGAACAGCCCAACAAAUUAUCUUUCUUAACCGAAAGGUUAGAAACUACAAAAUGUGAUCUACAAAACAUUUUAAAAGAAUUUGAAGUCCUCCAUAAAAAUCUACGUAGCAAUCUUAGGAUUAAAUCGAGUUGCAUGAAGAUCGAAAACUGUGCAGAUUCCGAAGACAAACAGACUCCUCCCAGUGGAAACAUUCAGUUUCUUAGAAAUCUCUGUGAUACGUUAGAAAAAGAAAAUACUUUGCUCGUGCAAAAAUACGAGUGCCUUUUAAAUGCAAUUAAGACUCAGUACGAUGAAAUUUUAUUAGAAGUGCAGAAGAUUAAGUUGCAACCAUUAAAUAAUGCAGCAAACUGUCAGUGCAAUGGAACAAAUUUUAUUAAAGACCUCUCCAAUCACGAAACUUUUUUUAAGAAACGGUUAAACGAAUUAUUGCUCCAAUUAUCCGAAAACGAGGAACAGUCGGAAAGACAUCAAAAAGAAAUAAAUCACUUGAAAGAAAUUAUUCAAAUUAAAGUUAAAGAGACAAAUGACAUUAGAGAAGAGUUAGAGAGGCUGAAACGUAAUAGUCUGGAUUAUGCAGAAAAAUAUAAUUCUCGUACUUCACAAAGCGGAGAAAUUAAGUCAGACGAUAUUGAAUCUGGAGAAAAUGAAGGUCGGAAACAAUUGGAGUUUAAGACUAUUGGAACAAAUACUGAUAUUUCAUUUGAAAAUAAUGAGAGUGAGUUAGAAUUUGUUCAGAGUAGUACACAAAAUAUUCAUAUUCCCAUUGAUUUAAACGAAGAGAAUUUUAAUAAAUCUCACGAAGACAUAAUCAAUUUUGCAAAGUGCGAUUCGUCAAAAGUGACCAAAGAAUGGAGAACUAAGCACAAAGAUGCGAUAAAAAAUUACCAGACUGAAAUGAAAAGACAGACUGCAUUUUUGAAUAAACUUUGGAGAGAAAGAUUGAUUGCAAAGGAGAAGGAAUUACAAGAACAAUCGAAGAAAGAUAUAAGUGCGGCCGUGAAUGAAAUCAUUAUCCAGAAAUCGAGAGAAUUUGAAAAUGCACAAAGGGAAUGGCAGAAUAUGGUCGAUCGCUUAGAGAAACAGAUUUCUCAACUGGAAAGUAACCAGUCUGUGGAAGAAAACGGAACCGGAGACAGCAAGGGUUUUGACAUGAAAAACAGACGACAGUAUAAAAUGUCAGAAGAAAGUGAAGACAGAAAAGAACAAAAACUGUUUCAAGAAAAACUCAAGUCGGCAUUGCUAAAGCAAGAUACUAUAUAUAAAGAAAAAAUGGAAGAUAUGAAAAGGCAACAUUGGGAAGAACUCAACGCAAAAGACUUGGCCCACAAAUUUACAUUAGAAAAAUUAAAAUUGGAAAAGGAAUAUAGCCUAAACGAAGAAAAACAAAAGCUUCAGCACAUCUAUCAGGCACAUAAUUCCAUUUUACAUGAAAAAUUUAAAUCUCAAAAAUCCAAAGCUCUCGAAGAACAAGAGAAAAUUUUAUUGGGGGAAAUUAAGUUGAUGCAGACGCAACUGGAUGCCGCACUACAAGAAAUACACGUGAAGGAUGAAAACGCAUUUCAAAAGGAGAGACAAUUGAAGAAAGAAUUGGCAUUACAGAAGAGUGAAGAAAAUAAACUUCAUGCUACAAUUAAAAUUUUACAAAGCGAGUUAAGUGCCAUCAACGAAGAAUUAGAACUAAAAAGAAAUGAAGUUUUGUGUAUACGAAAAGAAGCCACCCAUCAAAUAAAAAAUUUAGAAAGUUACUGGCAAAGUCGAUUAUGUAAAGAGUUGAGGAAGCUCAAACAGAUCCACAGAGAAGAAAAACAGAACAUGUUGAAUAACUUCCUUAAAGCCCAAGAUUUGCUGAAAGACAAGAUCUUUUUGCUGAAAAAUCGUUUACAGUCGUCGGAUAAUUUGAAAAAUCCAAAACUGAGAAACGAAAAUUUUGAAAAUGCCAAAUUUUGGAGAAAGAAUAUGAUGGAAAAUCAUUCGGCAGAUUUUAAAUUAAAGGACGAUAAAAGGACUUUGAGUCUAGAACUUUUAAAUCAAGAUAGAAACAAGUCCACCGUACUCGAUUCCACCGCAUUAUUAGAUAUUCAGAAAACUGUGUACGAACGCACAAUAUUAAAACCGUUAUGUUCACCUUUUCUACUGAGAAGGAACUCUGCGGCAGAUCCCAACCAAAAGAGGAGUAAGACUCAGAAUGGUUCUUCAAACAAACUUGGUCUAAGAAUAUCCGACAAGAGAGCAAGCUGGUCUGGAGAAAACAUUCAAAGUGACAUUCUGAAUCAGUUGCAAGACUUACCGAACGGUCACCACAAACAAGAGAGCAGAGGAGAAGAGAAAGCUUCCAGUUGUGUCGAUCUUCCUUCCAUGUGUUCAGACUCAUUCACUAAACCGCUGUCUGCGAUGCAACCUUUGUCAAAACAUGCUUGCGACACAAUAGUAGAAUGCGAAGAACCCCGAUCUCUACAAGAAAGUGAGAGCAGUCUGUCGGAUCCUCGUGCACAUUAUUUUCAAAACGACGUGACCUAUAGCCGGAAGUCUGAUUUUUGCCAUAAAUUACCGCUUUUAGAAAGUGAGUUGUAAAAUAAAAUGAUAUUAAGAUAAAUCUAUAAGUGUUAAAUUUAUGUCUUGUAAUACACA